AUGGCGGACGACGGCUUCGUGGCGGAGAACGCGGCGGUCCGGGAGCGGCUGUUUGGGUCGGGGACUAUGUUUCCCACCUCGCGGGAUAGGUUCCUCGCGCUGCUGGACUAUUACUGCGAUCCUGUUUUGGCGGCUGGCAUGGCGGGGGAACGCGAUGUCGAUUCCGCGCACGUCGUGUACGGGAUUAACACGCCUGCUGCGAUUGAGGCUGCUGGGUUGGACGAGCCGGGGCUCAUGGAGAGGCCGAUGUUCGGCUUCCUGCAUCGGGUUCCGGCUGCUUCACGCGGUGCUGGGUCGGGUCCAGGCCGGGCGCGGGAUCUUCAGGCUGACGGGUGUUAUGGCGCAGGGUCUCUUGCAAAGGUAACAAGGACUAUCUCCGGUCUUUCGGAGACGGAUAUCGAACCCGGGCAGUCCGUUGCCGGAUCCGGGGUGGACUCACUGCUGGCGGUUGAGAUCCACAGCUGGCUGCUUAAGACGUUCCAUGCGGAUGUGCAGACGUUUACGAUUCUGGGGGGCGCGAGCUUUUCGGCGAUUGGGAGGGUGGUUGUGAGUAAGAGCUUGCUUCGGGCAGAUGAGCAGAUCACGGAGUAG